UUAUAAUUGAUGUGCAGAAUUUCGUAAUGGUCGUGCGUCUGUCAGUGAUGAAUGUCGAGAAAGUCGAUCAAAAUCGGUUGUCAUUCCGAGAAACAUCGAUGCUGUGCGCAACAUGAUUAAAGAAGAUCGGUUUGUGACUUACAGACAGAUAGAGGCAUCUCUUAGGAUAUCGCAGACUUCAAAACAAUCGAUUUUGCAUGAACAUUUAGGAGACGAAACUUGGAAAUAUUCAUAUGAACCUGAAAGCAAACAACAGUCUACUGUUUGGGUAUUUAACGAUGAACCCAAUCCCACUGAAAUUGUUCGUUCACGGAACACUUCCAAGAAAAUGAUCGCUUGUUUCUUCGGUUGUACUGGACACGUCGCAACCAUUCCAUUAGAGGAUCGAAGAACUGUCAAUGCCGAAUGGUAUACAGCAAUUUGUUUGCCAACGGUUUUCGAUGAAAUAAGGAAAAAAACAAAAAUCGAGAAAAACAUCGAAUUAAUGUCUCAUUGUCCGUAUUCACUCGAUUUAUCGCCUAAUAACUUUUCCUUUUUCUCCCCUGUCAAACAAAAGAUACGCGGACAGCGAUGUUCAUCACCUCAAGAAGCUAUUGAAGACUUUCAAAACCAUGUUUCUACUAUAUCAGCUUUAGAGUGGAAAAAAUGUAUAGACCUUAAAGGCGAAUAUUUCGAAAAGCAAUAA